AUGUCAGAUAGUAAAAAGUGCUUGAGUGGAUUUCAAAAAAGAAAAAAAAAGAAGGAAAUUCAAGAACAAACGUCAAAGUUGCCUAAAAUUAAUAAUUUUUUUUCAACAAUCCCAGCUGUUGUUUCUACAAUAGAAAAAAAUCUAUUAAAUUACCAUGAUGGAUUACUCCAGUCAUCUGUGAUUCAAAUUGAUAAUAAUGUACAAGAAUCUACUGUAGCUACAGAUUUUAAUAUGCACAAUGAAUAUCCUACUGACAGAAUUCAUUUUGAAAAUACUAUUAAGAGCAAUUAUAUUAAAAGAUGUAUUUUAGCAUAUGGACCAUGUAGACCAGAUAUUGUUUUUCCCAAAACAACUAAAGAAGAUGGCAAAUCUAUUCAUUUUUCGAAAUUUUAUUAUAACAAAAUACUUAAGUCUGGUAUACAAGUACCAAGGUUCUGGCUGUGCUAUUCUGUUGGGUUGGACUCAGUAUAUUGUGAAACUUGUUGGCUAUUUGCUAAUCGCCUUUAUGCAUUUUUCAACAAUGCCUGGAUUAAUGGAGUGAAUGACUGGCAACAUCUAUCUAUUAAAAUUGACAAACACGAAAUGUCAGCACAGCAUAUUGAUGCCUGUAAAGUUCGUGUUUUAUGGGUUAAUAAUGAAACAAUUGAUAAAAAAACCGAACGACAAUAUUCAGAAGAAGCUACAUUCUGGAGAAAAGUGUUACAUAGAAUUAUAAAAAUAAUUCUACAUCUUACUUCUGGUAACACAGCAUUGAGAGGCCAUGAACAGAAAAAUAAUAAUCCUAAUAAAAAAAACUUUAUGCGCACAGUGCGUUUGUUGGCCGAGUAUGACCCCAUUAUGAACGAACUUUUAAAAGAUGAACAAAAUAAAAUAAAAUAUUUUAGCUGGAAAAUUCAAAAUGAAUUAAUUGACCUUCUAGCUACAAGUACUCGAAACUUAAUAUGUGAUGAAAUAAGACGUUCGCAAUGUUUUUCUAUUAUAAUGGAUUCGACUCAAGAUAUUACCAAACUUGAUCAGGUCAGUAUAGUUAUAAGGUAUGUGGUAAUAAAUCAUAAUGAAUCAAGUAUAAGCGUAAAGGAAUCGUUUUUGGGAUUUUUUGUUAUUGAAAAACACGGAGCACAAGAUUAUGAAGAAUUAAUCACAAAUAUAUUAGUGAAGCUCGAUAUUGACAUAAAUAAAUGCAGAGGACAGGGGUAUGAUGGGGCUUCUGUCAUGAGUGGUGUAUACUCCGGAGUCCAAAAAAGAAUAAAAGACAAAGUUCCUACAGCAUCGUAUGUUCACUGUUGUGCCCAUAACUUGAACUUAGUCAUAUCAGAUGCAGCUAAAAGCUCUCAAAAAGUUGUAUCAUUUUUUGAAACUGUUCAAGCAAUUUUCAAUUUUUUUAGUGCCAGUGCUCCUAGGUGGGCUAACUUGGCUUUUGGGAAUGACGAAAGUAGAAAAAUUAAACUGAAAGUCUUAAAAAAGGUGUGCCCAACCCGAUGGGAAUCACGACAUGAGUCUAUAAAUGCAUUAAAGUUAAGGUUUAUAGAUAUUUUAAAAGCAUUAACUAAUAUAUCAUUAACUAGUUCUAAAAAAGAUGAAAAAGCUACUAGUUUGUCUUUGAAAAAAAAACUAGAAUCUAUGGAGUUUGUUCUAAUUUUAUGUUUUUGGGAAAAGAUUUUGAGAGCAUUACGCGGUGUAUCCAAAUCCCUUCAGAAACAAAAUACAAAUUUGCACAAUGCAUGCCAAAACUUAAAUGAAGCCAAAACAAUUAUAGAAAACCUAAGAGAUAGCUAUGAAAAUAUACUGUUGGAGUGUAAAGAAUUAUGUUCCAGAUGGGGAAUUACUCCAAACUUUCAUGUUAAGAGGAGUAGACUUGCUCCACAAUAUUUUGAUGAAAUUGAUGGUGAUCGUCGCCUAAAUAUAACAGAUGAAAAUUUCAGGGCUAAAAUUUUUCUACCUGUGAUUGAUACAGUUAUAUUUCAACUAAAUUCACGAUUUCAAGGACUACAAGAAGUUACAGAGAAUUUUGAUUUCUUAUUUCCUACAAUGUUAGCUAAAAUGGAUGAAAAUGAGAUCUGGUUUAGGAUACUUUUUAGUGUACUCAGAGAGUCGGUUAGUAUGUUGAAAGAGUUGUUAGGCAUUUCAUUUAUUAGAUGGAUUGCUUUUUGGAUCGCUAAGGCUUCUGCAGUAAAUAUGCUGUUUAGGACAGUAGAUGAAUUCUGUAAGUCGAUAAGGAUUUAA